CCCCUUCCUGGACUACGGUACUCCGUGAGUGGUUCUCCGGUGUCGCGGGGAGUUUUCGAAUUAAAGAUAAAACAUUUGACCGAAGAGUAACGAUUGUUCGGAGACCUGUCAACUGUCCGAAGACUGUAACAAAGACUUGUCACAAUGGCUUGACGCCAAACGUUUCCUGUGUUGGACUGUAAACACGGUAUUGAAGAUGACAGUCCUGAAUCUGUCCUUCGCUGCAUGUGGUUUCUUGGGGAUCUACCACUUGGGUGCUGUGGGGGCCCUUCUCCGCCACGGGGACAAGCUGCUGGGCUCCCUCAGGGCCUGCGCGGGGGCCUCGGCCGGGGCCCUGGUGGCUGCUGUAAUGAUCACAGCUCCUGACAAGUUGGAGCACUGUAAAGAAUUCACCUACAGGUUUGCUGAGAGUGUGAGAGGACAGCGGUUUGGAGCCGUCACACCAGGAUACAACUUCAUGCUCACACUACGGGAAGAGAUAGAGGAGAUUCUGCCCAGUGAUGCACACAGUUUGGCCUCUGACCGCCUCCACGUCUCAAUAACGCACUCCAGAAGUGGCAAGAACCACAUUGUGUCCAGGUUUACCACCAGGGAGGAGCUCAUAAAGGCUCUGUUGGCCAGCAGCUUUGUACCUGUCUAUGCUGGACUCAAACCUGUGGAGUUCAGGGGACAGACAUGGAUUGACGGAGGGUUCAGUGACAGCCUGCCAAUUCUGCCCGUGGGACGAACCAUCACCGUGUCUCCCUUUGCUGGACUGCAGGAUGUGUGUCCUGUCCACAGGGGGCGCUUCAGCACCGAGCUCAGACUGGCUAACAUGAACAUAAUGUUCUCGGUGGAGAACAUCAAACGUCUGAACCAGGCUCUCUUCCCUCCGUCAACCGGCAGCAUGCAGCUUUUAUGCGAAGAAGGUUUCAAUGAUGCCGUGAGGUUCUUGAAGAGAGAGGCCUGGAUGAGCUGACGGUCAGAUCCACUCAUGGAAAGAACAAGCAUGAAGCCAAGUACAAUCUGAACAUGAUGAAAAGCCCUCAUGUGAACAUGUCCUCUUCAUCAAUUUUCCAAGGAGGCAUUUAAUUUCCCCCAGCUUGAAGCAGUGAGAGAAAAAUAUUGGAUAUCACAGCACUUCACAGGAAGUCCACGCCGCCGUCAUGGAUGUCGGAGCGUCGUCUUUGAAGUGCCGGACGAUUCCACCGGGCUCCUCUGCUGCUGGGUUACUUUUUUGAUUUCCUCCAGCGUCAGGAGACAUGCCUGGAGGGAUGAAUCUCCGCUCCAACCAACACAGCAACGCAUCACAAACAAGCGCAAAACUGCCAGCUUAAGACCAGGACGGUGAACCCUGAUGACGUCCCAGCAGAAACACACUGAGCCCAACCUGAGAGGAAACACAGCCCUGCUACUUUUAAUGAGAGCAGAUCUCAGGCAAGUGACAGCAUGCAGACAACACACAGUUCGUACUGCAGGCCUCCGGUUUCCACCGAGGUACUCCUUAAACUAACAUAGUGUAAAAAGUAAAUUUAAGUUACUGACUGUUUUGAAUUCAGAUGUGCUGUGGGUAUAAAACAAAACGAAACGUCUCUGUGCAGCUGCGUUUGCUAGCUUGUAAGCCGCAUGUGUCGGUGCAUUACAAACUGCUGAAUGGUGGAAUUGUCAGCAGGACUGUGUCACUGUAUCCAGGUCUAUUUGCACGUACAUGUGUGUCAGGCUGGUGUGCACAAGACACAAACAAAAUGGGGAUGACACACAGACUCAAAAGACUCUUGAUAUUUUUUGUUUU